AUGUCACACCAAUCGCAUUUUUGUCUUCACCACUCUUCUCCUUCCCUGGCACUUCAAUCCGUAUUUCUUUUGGUCUCUUUUCUCUCUCUCCCACACCCAUGCACCACCGCACGUCAUACUAAUUCGCUCCGCCUCACAAACUACUCAACCAUGGGUAUCAAGACAAUUUUCAAGAAAAAAGACCCGACGGAGGCAGAGCUCGUAGAAGACCUCAACAAGAUCGGUGUAUCCACAAAAUCAAACAAGGGACGCCAGGAAAAGUUUGGAGCUUUCAGGGAAUAUGCCCAAGAACGCCAGGCAAGAAAGCCAGGUUUGGCUCCACAGAAUCCAUAUGCCAAUGUAUCUAGUGGCGGAACGGGGCCAGGUGGUAAUCCCUAUGUGGGAAAUGGCUCUGCGGGAAGCUCGGCUGGGCCGUACGGUGGCCAAAAUGGAAAUCAUGGAAAUAAUUCAAGUCCAUAUGGAACUCAAAAUGGUGGAUCUGGAGCUUCUGGCUCUCCAUAUGGAGCUGGGGCUUCAGCAUCUGGUUAUGGAGCUGGAGCUUCAGCAUCUCCUUAUGGAGCUGGAGCUAGUAAUUCUCCCUAUGAUAGAGCUGGAGCCAGUUCUCCUUAUGGUAAUUCUGGAGCCAGUUCUCCGUAUGGAAGCGCUUCUAAUGGAGCUGGAAGGAGCGGAAAUUCUUCUGGACCUUCCAAGAGUCCGUACGCACAAGCCACAAAUGCAAAUGGUCAAAACUCAAACGCUCGGAAUGGACCGUAUGCUCGCGCUACGCAGGUAGCUGGCUCUGCUGCCUCUCCCUAUAAAACCAAAAGUGUUGCGUCGGAUCGAGAUGCCGACACAGAGUCGCUUGACUUGAACGCAAUUCCACUGAAUCAGCUGUAUAUGCGGCGGCCUCCGAAACAGACGCCAGACGAUGCUACUUUGGACUUGAACGCUCUUCCCGAGGAAGACGACUUGAAUGUAGAAGAUGAGCUUCCAGAGGAAGAACAGGUCAACUCGGAAGACGAAGAAGUGGAGGGUAUCAAGCAAGACAUUCGGUUUGUAAAACAAGAGUCUUUGGCCCUGACUCGCAACACUUUGCGAAUGGCCCAGGAGGCCGACGCAUCGGCCACUAAUACUAUGGGCAUGCUUGGGUCGCAGUCGGAGCGGUUGUAUAAUGCCGAGCAGAAUCUUUUGUUGGCAGAUACUCAGACGAAUAUUGCUCACGAUAAGGUCAAUGAGUUGAAACGGUUAAACCGAAGCAUUUUCAUUCCAGCACAAGGUAAUCCAUUCAACAGAAAGUCACGGCUUCGCCAACAGGAAGAGAAAAUUAAGGCGCAAAAAACCCAGGAAAAAUACUUGCGAGAGACCAAUCGCCAGGGUGCAUACGCCUCGGAACAGCGUCUUAAACAGGGCAUAACUCUGAACGCCACAAACUCAGAGAUCCACAGAAAGUACAAGGACGACCAGAGUCUCGCGGCCGCUAAGCGGUACCAGUUUGAAAACGACUCUGAAGACGACGAAAUGGAAAAAGAAUUGGCUGCAAAUUUGGACCAAAUUGGAUUGUAUCUGAAGAAAUUGAAAAACGCAGCAUCGACUAUGGGCGUGGAAGUCGAGAGCCAGAACAACCGGUUGCGGGAUAUCGAGGAAAAUGCCGACCGUUUGGAUAUCAAUGUUCACAUGAACAGCGCCCGGUUGAACAAUAUUCGCUAG